AUGGUAUUAGAAGGUGGUAUAAGAUUGUUAUCUAAACCUUUGAAAAGGAAAGAACCCAUCACCCCUACGAUUUUGAAGAGUAUUAUUGCAAAAUUCGACAAAAAUGACAAUCUGCCAGGGUUGAGAAUCUGUGCUAUGAUGUUGUUAGGGUUUUCCGGGUUUUUAAGAUACGAUGAGUUAGCACACAUCCGAUCUUCUGAUUUAACGUUCAACGAUUCUCAUCUACAAAUAAACAUUCAAAAAAGUAAGACUGAUAGAUAUCGACAGGGUAACACUAUUUUGAUUUCUAGAACUGGUACAGACCUUUGUCCAGUUGCUAUGCUACAGAAAUAUUUUCGCGUUGCAAGUUUGCCAGUUGGGAGUGAAGAUUACAUCUUCAGAGCUCUUUCAUACUUCAAAUCUAUUGAUAAGCAUAAACUAGCUUGCACGAAUAGGCCGCUUUCUUACACUCGAACUAGGGAAAUUAUUUUAAACGCGAUUUCUGAAAUAGGCCUGAAUAGUUCUUUAUUUGGUUUACAUAGUCUAAGGAGCGGGGGCGUUACAGCAGCUGCUAGUAAUUCUGUUCCCGACAGGCUUUUGAAAGCUCACGGUAGAUGGAAGACAGACAAGGCUAAAGAUGGUUACAUAAAAGAAAAGUUAGAAAAUAGACUUAAAAUUUCUCAAAAUUUGGGAUUAUAA